GGGAGGCGGGGCGGAGAGGCGACGUGGAAGCCCGGAGCGGCCCGGCUGGUGCGGAGGAGCGCCCAGGCCUCUGUUUUGCGGGCACUACAAGCCCCAGCGUGCCUUGCGGCGGGAGAGGAGCAUGGAGAGCCCCCUGCCUGGCGGUCCCCGGGAGAGCCGGGCAGAGCGCGCCGGCGGGGCGAGAAACAUGUGGGUGUUCGGCUACGGCUCGCUCAUCUGGAAAGUGGACUUCCCUUACGAGGACAAGAUGGUGGGCUACAUCACGGGCUACAGCCGCCGCUUCUGGCAGGGGAGCACCGACCACCGCGGGGUCCCGGGAAAGCCUGGAAGAGUUGUGACACUUAUUGAAGAUCCUGAGGGCUGUGUAUGGGGAGUUGCAUACAAACUACCAAUCGGACAAGAAGGCGAAGUAAAAGCAUAUCUUGAUUUCCGAGAGAAAGGUGGCUACAGGACUACAACUGUUCUUUUCUAUCCCAAAGAUCCCUUAGUGGAACCGUUCGACGUCCUACUAUAUAUUGGAACCUGGGAAAACCCUAACUACCUUGGACCAGCACCUCUGGAAGAAAUUGCUGAACAGAUUUUUAAUGCAGUUGGUCCAAGUGGAAGAAACACAGAAUACCUCUUUGAACUCUGCAACUCCCUCAGGGAUCUUGUACCAGAAGAUGUAGAUGAACAUGUUUUUGCUUUAGAGAAACUAGUAAAGAAACUCUUGGAACAAGAACAGCAAAAUCUUAAUUCCGUAUAAAACAAAUAUUUCAAACAUUCACCAUCCUCAGAAUAAUGGUUUCAUAGACACAUAUGCUGAAUUUGUAGCUGUUCCAUCUGGACUUUACAAUACAUGUUUCCUCCAGGGCACUACUGUUGUUACUCAGUAGAAAAUGUGUUUAAAACUAUGUCUUCAGGAGUUGAAGGGAGGAAAACCUUUGGGUUUUUGUAAUAAAUUCAAACAAUGUAUUCUUCAUUUCUUGAAUAUAAGAAAUAAUAUAGGCCCAGUUUUAAGUUUGAGAAGAAACUUUAUUGAUUUCAAGCUAUUUCUAUUUUUUGUGUUUUAAAAAUAUAGAUUUGGACUAGAUCCUGCACUUGGACAGACUAUGGAUAUAAUCCUGGUCGUAUUUACUUGGUGCCCCCCGCCCAGUCAAAUUGAGGUUUGCUUCUGUUGGUAAACAUGCAAAAGGUUGAGCUUUAUGUGUCAAUUUGGGCCUGGAUCACAAUUACUCAACAACAAAACAGUGCCAGUGGGGUUUAUUGAUUACAACACUGACAUGGAAAUCCUCUGUACAGUUAUUUAGGGGUAAGUCCCAUGGAAGAAUUUAAAGUAAACUUUAAUAGAUUUGCACUGUUAAGUGGUAAUUAUUCCUAUGCAAGAACUGGGUCCACUGUAAAGCUACAUUAGAAAUGUUUUAGAAUACACUCACCACAAGGUAUUUAUUAUCUACUUCAGCACUGGACUCAGUAGUUUUGUAUACAUUAACUAUUUGUUCUUUGCUAAGUUGAGCAAAUAGUUCUUGAAGAAAAUGGCACUUUCCUUUUAAGAUACACAUAGCGUCAAGAUUUUCAGGAACAAUCAAUAACUAAUACCAUAUUGGUGCCUUAUUUUAUUUUUUUAUCACAGGACAUUUUAAACAGUUGCAAAAAGGAGUAUGACUUGAAUCUGCAAUAGCAAGAAUGUUCAGAAACUCCCAUUCUUAUUCACUAGGCAUUUUUCCAGAAAUUUUUAAAUGAGCUGAAACAGGUGGCCACUGUAUACAGAUCUUUUUUGGUCCUCUCCCAGUGACUUAAAAUCUAAAAUUACACUUGUAGCAGCCCAGUGUUCAAAAUAUACCAGUACCAAUCUGUAUUAUGAUCCCUACUGAAGGCUGAAAUUUUGUAGAAUUGGUAUGAGAAUUAAUCUAGUACAGUUGGUUCUUAGUAUCCAAGGAUUCAACCAUCUACAGCUUGAAAAUAUUUGCUCAAAAAUUUCCAAAAGGGAACUUUGUGCCAUUUGAUACAUGGGGCACAAUUAUACUAUGCCAUUGUAUAUACUGGUACAUGGGCAUCCAUGGACUUUGGUAUCAUGGGUAUAUUGGAACCAAACUCCAAGAAAUAUAAAUGGCCCCUGUGUCGAAGUACACACAUAAUAAAGAAGAUCACAUACUCUGCAUCCUUAAUGUAUUGUGAUUCCAGCCACACAGCAGGAAUAGAAGGCUUACACAGAUAAGAAUCUUGAUAUUUGCUACUCUGGUGUAGCACUUAUGCUACUACAAAAAAGGAUAGAGAAAGCUUGUCUUUCUCAAUUUACAAAAAGCUGUGAAUUCUUGAGCUGCUUGUUUAUACCACAUUCCUCCUUCUAGGUGCAGCCUUGGAGUUAUAGGCAUUCUGGAAACGCUGCCUUGGAAAAUCGCAGGCCAUUUCAGAACUUUGGUAAGGCUAUCCCUAUCUCAGGGCCCUUCUACGCUGUCAUAUAAAAUCCAGAUUAUCUACUUUGAACUGGAUUAUAUGGCAAUGUAGACUCAGAUAAUUCCAUUGAAAGCACAUAAUGUGGAUUAUCUGCUUUGAUAAUCUGAAUUAUAUGGCAGUGUAGAACGGGCCUCAGUUAAAUCUUUCUGUCACUGGUAUCAUCCUCAGGCAUUUUCUUUACCUGCAGAAAGAAAUGGAUAACUGGGAGACAGAGAUAACAGUAGGGAAAAGAGUAAAGGCAUCUCUGCCUUAUUUGAAACAGAAUUUGGUUUAUUGAUAGGAGGUAGUUCAUACGCAGAACAGCUGCUAGCUUGAUUCCCCAUCAUGACUUUAUGUUAUAUCUGCUUCAACCCUAACUGAUUACCACUAAUAUAUUUCCUUCUAACCUGGAUGUUCAUAUUCUUGUUAAAUGUGGGAACCCUACAAUUUGGCAUAACGUUAAGAUAUGGUUUAAAGCUACCAAGUAAAUAAAGGAAAGAUAAUGAUGAGAUUGCAUAACAGAAAACCUACGUUGAAAGAUUUGUGCACCUGUGAAUAUCUCAGGUUGCUUUUAAGCACCUUAGUAAUUUCUAUGGUGCAUGACAAAAUAUUUUUGAGACCAUGGGGAGCUGAAAACAAACUUAACAUGUCAUGGGGAACUGGCUUCAGAGGCAAAAUUCUCGGUGAGCACAAGCUAUUAAAUAUCCUAAUGUACCUCUCUGGAUGCAGAUUACUGUCUUUAGGAGAAGGAGCACAAUGCAUAGCAAGUGACUGGAAUUUAACCUCAGCAAUCAUUUAGGCAUUUCUGAAAAUAAUUAGCCUAAUUAUUGUGAAAGAUAAGCAGGAGUUUCCAUUUCAACUGUGAAUUACUUUUUUCUCAGAGUUUUAAAUUAUUUUCUUGAAGUCUUCAACAAAAGCAUAUUUUUGUAUUUUAAUAUAUAGAAAGGUUGUGUUCAGAAUGUCAAGUACUAUCCCAAUCUCGUAUAGCAAAAAUGUGGUUCUAUAUUUGUGUCCAGUAUUCAGACUGAAGCCUGUAUUGUUUUGAAUCAGUAACAUUUAUGUUGUGUGUUUGUUUACCAUUCUCCUCCAUUUUCUUAUCUAUUGUUUGUAUAUACUUUAUUCUCCAUUUUUGAGGGAGAGUACCUGUCUUCAAUGGACUAAGAAGAUUUAUGAAGAGGGCUUCUAAAUUAGAAAGAUAAUAUGCAUUCCACAAAUAUAGCUUACUGAAGGUCUUAAAAUAGCUUUAUCACAUUAUUUUACUGGCUAUGAAAAGGUGACAUAAGUCGUAAUACAAGCAAAUACACAGUUAUAGGUAAAUCCCUAUUAAGGAUACAAUCUUCACCAUUAAAGUCAGUGAAAUUUUAAUCAUUUGGUUUCCGUAUGAACAGGAUCAUCUCUUUAUUAAUAUCCAAUGGAGCUUCAGGUUUUUAUUUCAAAAGCAGCAACUUCAUAUGUGAAAAAAAAACGUGAAAAAAAUCUGAGAGGAAUUUUAAUAGUGGUUAGUAGAAUGGAUGGGAGUCUGUUGCACACAUGCAAAUCCACAGCAUAUUAAAGUUAUGUCUUUAGAAUUAGCUAUAAACUUCUAAAAAGUAACAGUCUCAAGUAUAUGACAUCAGAUACAGAAAAAUCAAAAUAUUAAAAAUAUUAACUGAGCACUUCUGUUUAAGCUGAAAAUUAGAAGUGCCAAAAAGAUCCAUCAGAAUUCCUAGGUAGUGACUCUUUAGGUACUUACACUAAAUUUGAAAAUCCAUAUUUAUAUUUCUUUGAUUUCCAUUUCUGUUUCUAAUAAAAAGCACAAUUCUUAAAGAGAAAACUGUUUAAGCCCCUGAUAUUCUUCACACAUGUGUAUAUUAAACCAUUACCAGUAAAUGCAUUUCAGUACAGUCUAUAAUAUUCAAUAAAAAAGUUUCUUUUUGCAAAAGUUAGUAGAACCAGUCAAGAGGCAACUGAGCACUCCCUAUAUACCUCUGUAGUAUAGCACAAGAGCUAUAGUUGACUUCUUUAUGGUUCCAUAUUUUGUAAGGUAACUGUAUUGUAGGUAUGUGCCAAGGACUAUAUUUUCCCCCAGAUUCAUGUACUACAAUAAGAAAUAUUGUGAUAUAUUCCAUUUUGUGCAUGUAACUUCAGUACAAUAAAAAGGCACCAUAUUUAUUCAAAUGCCAUUGGAAAAGAAAGAAAUGUUUUCACUUUGACCAAAUUUCACACUAUUAUAAAAAAAGCAUCUGAAAAACUACA